AACAACACUCCAUUGAAUAUACAAACAGUAAGAAACAAAGACGCUGUUACAAUUCACUGGAAAAAGAGGGGAGAAGAACUGUCACUAUCAAGCAGUGAGUACAAGAUAGCUACAGUUGAUACUACAAUAGAAUCAGAUAUACAAGACAGCAGUGAAUGAUGAAGACAGGAUACAUUAUACUCUUAGUGGUAGGAGCAGCAGUGUCUAUCCCACCACCUGAUGAUCAGUUACAUAUUUAUGCACUACCAGUGGGGCAGGGUGACUCCACUGUAGUACAGUGUCCUAAAGCUGAUAAUGGAAUGAUCAGUAUUAUUGAUAUGGGAUCAAGCAAAUCAACAGGAUUCAGCAAAGACGACGCAUUACGUUAUCUAAGCGGACAAGAAAUCAAGUUGAUAAUGUUAACGCACUCUGAUGCUGAUCACAUCAAUUUCAUUCAACCAUUACUUGAUACAUACCAAAAGGACUCAGUCCCAGUAUACCACUCAUGCCAGUGGAGUAGGUACAGGAUAUCAUCAGAUAAAGCAGUGCCUCAUCGAGUCAGUAAAUGCUGUGGAAUUGAAGGCUGCAAUACUGAACUGGUCCUCUGUCCUAACAGCAAUGCUGUACUGCAAGUGGUUGGAUCUGAGCUCAGUAAUUGUGGACGAAAACGUAAUCGUGACAGUAUCUUAGCUAUCGUCAAGUAUAAAGGUGUCAAGACUCUCGUGGUUGGAGAUUUCGAAGGUACCAAGACGUUCAUUAGAAAGUAUCUUGAUUGUGUGGGCCACGCCCCCAACAGUGAGCUCCAGUCUGAUAUAUACAGACUGUCUCAUCAUGGAGCAUGGAACAGGCUGGCUAACAGGAGGGAGUUCUUAGCUGCAGUUGAUGCUAAAUACGUGUUCUCCAGCAGCGGAUUAAAGUCUAACUACAAGCACCCACGAUGUGAGCUGUAUGAUAUAUAUAAAGGUAGAGUUGCUGUGGAAGAGAAGUAUCAUCAGUAUACUUGGUAUAAGAAGUAUGGAGGUGCUAUUACUUAUUAUAUUAAUGAUGCUAUUUAUGUUACUAGUGUUAUUAAUAGUGAGGGAUCCAUUAAUAAUUAUAUUAUUUAUUUUAAUAUUAAUAAUAAUGGAAAGAUACAAUCAGGAAUAACUGUUGUUUAAUUUAAAACAAUGAUUUUUUCUACAAUA